AUGGAGACGGGAAGCGGCAUUUUGCACGCCGACAAGCCGCGCCUCGCGUACUCGGGGUCACUGACGCUGCACGGGCGCACGUCCUCGAGGCUGCAGGCGGAGCUGGAGCUCGCGCGCGAGCAGGCCAGCCUGGUGAACCAGGGCGCGAUGGCCUCCGCGAAGUACGGCGUCGCCUUCCACGGCCUGGCCCCCACCGCGCUACGGGCAGCACUACAACAGCACGACGGCGACCAGCAGCAAUACGCCCAGCAGCACCACGCCACCGAGCACCACCGAGACCAGCACGACAAAGAGGACCAGCAGCACCACGCCGCCCAGCACCACCGCGACGCCCACGGCCGCGCUGGACUGGAGGGGCCUAGUACUGCCACCUUCCUUGGAAGGCAUGCCGCGAGGGGCGUUCGGGGCGACCUCCCCGAGGGCGCCUCGCGGGGUGCUGAGGAUCUCGGAGGGCGCUCGCAAGACAACGACGCCUCCUCCACCGAGCAGGGCGUCGCCAAGCUCGCCGCAGCACUGCGGACUGUGACAGAGUCCAUCGGUACGCUGAAGCAGGCCAACGGCGACGACAUCGCGAAGCAGAUGACGGGUGUGGCCGACGCGCUCAACGCAGCGAAGGCGCUCGACUCCGCGACCCGCACCUACAACUGGGCGUUCGAGCUGCAGAUGCUGGCCGAGGCGAAGGCAGCCAAGGCCCGCGAGAAGUUGCAGGAGAGCGCGGACGCAGUCGUCAGCGCCGAGGCCGAGAUCGAAGCCAUCCAGAACGAGGGCAAGCAGAAGGUGCCGAAGAGCAUCUUCGAGCAGCUGCUGACAGUCGACAGCUCGACGACGCACAGCACGACGGGGACCAGCAGCCCACCCAGCAGCACCACGCCGCCCAGCACCACCGCGACUCGCACGGCUGCGCUGGACUGGAUGGGCCAGGACCCCAAGAGGUAUCUCGUGGCGACCCUGGUGGAGUCGGGCUACUGGUCGUGUGUGGUGCAGACGGUCAUCUGUCUCAAUGUGUUGGCGAUGGCCGUGGAGUGCGACAACGGCAAGUGGAGUUGUUGGACGCCGAUCAACACUGCGUUCCUGACGUUCUUCCUGGUCGAGUUGCUCGGCCGCGUGUACGUCUACAGGCGGUCGUUCUUCACCCUGAAGGCCGCGGGAGGCGCGGCCCGAGCUGGUGGCUGCGGCUUGCGGCUGCGGCUGCGGGGCGACCGGUGGUGGAACAUCUUCGACUUCACGCUGGUAGCCACUGGCGUGGUCGACGAGUGGUUGUCCUCGGUGUUCCUCUCCGAGGAGGAAGAGAGGACCGUGUCGUUCAUCAAGCUCUUCCGGAUCCUCCGCGUGUUCCGGGCCCUGCGGGUCGUGCGGCACAUGCCGCGGCUGAAGAUGCUCAUCGAGAGCUUCAUCAGCUCUCUGCAGGUGGGCGCUGGCGGAGAACUCGAUGCCUUUGAUUGGGUCAGCCCGCUCGUGGCGAGCCUACGCGACCACUGCCUGUCGCAUGGUUUGCAGAGCCAGGCGCAGCCGAAGGGUCCAGCUCUGUCCACGGAACGCCAGGACUGGGCUUGCAGGAGCUGUACGACGAAGCGCGGCAAGCCGCUCAUCAACUUCGGGACCUCGCUCAAGUGCCAAGGGUGCAGGCUCCACAAGAAGGACGUGUACGGCGGGCCUGUGCCGCCGAAGGAGCCCUCGAUGCGGGCCCCAGCCAAGGGCAAGAAGCGGGCCCCGUGGACGGCCGAGGGCAAGCUCGAGGGCGAGCUCGCGGCCAUGCGGGCGGAGCUCGACGCUGCCAGGAAGAAGCUUCGUACGCAGGAGUCCGACCAGGGCGGGGCCGCGGCCAUGCACGUGGACGACGGCAAGUCAGGCGAGGACGCCUCGGCUGCGAGCGAGAUCAAGGUGUGCGAGGCAGGCCUGGCCACGCUCAAGGACGUGCAGCACGACUGGGCCACGGGCCCGCGGGAGGAUCUCAAGCGCAGGCUCGCCGCCGCCAAGGACAGGCUCUUCGCCGCCAAGCCGCUCCACGCGCGGGUGCAGGCGCUGGCCCACAGGCAGAAGAAUCUGGCGGACAAACUCAGCAAGAUGGAGCUGGCCGAGCGCGAGGCGGAGGACCGUGUCAAGAAGGCGCAAGACGAGCUGGAGCUCAAGCGGCAUGGUGUCAGAGAGCUCAAGGCGCAGCAGGUGGCCCUCCAGGCGGAGCAGUCGGCACUCCAGCAGCAGGUCCCAGUCGCGCCAGAGGAUCGUCCGCCUGGGCAGUCCAUGGAGCACGACGUCAUCAAGGACACGGGCGGCCUCACCCUCGGCGACCUGGCGCAGGCUCUCAGCGGUGCUCUGGCCGCUCACCCCGACGACACCAUGCAGACCGCGGGCGAUUUGCCGCAGCGGCUGGCCUCGGCGCUCGGCGGGCCCCUACAGGAGCUCAUGCUGCGGCGGCAGCGCGAGCGGGCCGCCGCCACGGUGGCAGCGAGCGCCCCUCGCACCCCUGCAGCGUCCGUCGAGGGAGACGACGCCGCCGCCGCCGCGCAUGGCGCAGGCACUGCAGGCGGCGCCGCCCCUGCAGCCGCAGCGCCGCGCUGGGAUCCCGCCGCGAUGGAGCCCGAGAAGCUGCGGCAGACCAUGGCGGAGUUCUCGCCAGGGCCAGCAGAGGAGACCAGCGACGCCAUGCUGGCGCGCGCCACGGAGCUGGCCGUCAGGGGCUUCAAUCCUUACUAA